AUGGACUACCGCCCGCCCUACUUCAAUACGAUCCUCCGCCAGCCAUAUCCCGGCAGCGCCGGAGGAAGCGAUCAGACCCCUUCGAACGCCUCGGUUCAAGCAGGACAACAUCCCAGCUUCUCACCCCUUCCUAGGAUCUACAAUGGUCCAUCAAGCCUGGAUCGCAUACUCCAGUCGUCUCCAGGCACCCAACAAGGGGCGUACGGGACGGAUCACGGUGGAGCGGGGUCUACAGUCUCGCCAAAGGUUGAGGAGGGGUCUGGACAGGCGUCAGGGAGUCAACCGCCAAAGCGAGGGAGCAAGGCUUGUGUAGCUUGUCGGAGAGGCAAGAACAGAUGCGAAGGGGAUCCGACCGGCCAAAGUAAAGCCUGCAAGCGAUGCCUCGCGAACGGCCUGUCCUGCGUGUUUGAGAAAGCGUCCGACAAGCCCAGUGCUCGUGGUCGGGUGGCUAGCAUAGGCGCUACCGAGAUAGUGCCAAGCGAGGCGGAGGGACGGGUUCAACGAUUAGAGCAGACCGUCAAUGAUCUUGCGCAUGGGCAACAUGCUAUUCACGGAGCUCUCAAUCGUAUCCUCUCCAUGCUGCCUAAUUCGAACGCCAUGAUACCUAACGACGGAGCAGUGUCGACAGCGAGCAUCUUCAACUCGGUGUCACCGCCAUCAGUAUUUGGCUCUUUUGGUCCUGUCUCGCCUCAAAACCAUGCUCGCGGUCGAGCUUCGUCCUCCUCGUCGCGACCUGUAGCACCUCAGCAGUUUCCAAAGCUUCCUGGCUUCAAGCCUCCGAACCACGAGUUUGGUACCUACGGUAUAAUCCCCCUCUCCUCCGCGCCAGGCUCGCCUACCCACUCCCGUCACUCUCGUUCCUCCUCCUCCCACUCUGUCGGAUCGACAGAUGCACUCCCUCAGGGCUCGUUGACCGCGCCCAUCCAAGCCCUCGAGACGCUCGCGGAUGCUGCCAAGCACGCCGCUGGGCUCGCCGCGCAAGGUAUCGACGAUGCUCCGCUCGCUAUGGACGUUGAGAUGGGAUCACAGGCGGAGGGGUCCAAGAAGCGCAAGCAGGUCAACUUUGACAAGCACAUCCACCUUCGAGUGCGGAAGAAGACCAAGCCUGAUCCGACCCCGCGCAACCCGUUCCCGGACGUGGUCACGAAGGGUCUGGUCUCAGAUACUGAGGCGCGGGAGCUGUGGGAUAUAUUCUUCACUGGAUGUCACUACUUUGUUCCGCUCUGGGACAAGACAUACGACACGUACGAGACCUAUAUCGAGCGGACUCCUUUCUCAACGAACGGUCUCCUCGCCGUCGCUGCCAAGAUCCGAUCUGGAAACGGUCGCCUCUCGCAGACGUUUCACGCCUGUCUGGAGGAGGCCCAGGGGAUCGCUCGGAGCACAUUAUUCGGGCCGAUCGUGCGGAAGGAAGCUGCGAUGGCGAUGUUGAUUCUGAGCGUGUGGUCCCAGAAUGGCUGGCUACCUUCAGGACACGCACUGCGAAUGGCGCUGGACAUGAACCUACAUAAAGCGCUGGAUAAAAUGGCGGAUGGGACGGAUACGAGGACUGAAGUAGAGGAGCGCGAUCUGGUGGUAUCUGCGAGGAUCUGGAUGAAUUGCUAUCUCAAUGACCAUCUUGUCAGUCUUGGUACCGGAAAGCCACUAUUACUGCGCGAUGACUCGUCUGUCAAGCACGCUAGGAUCUUGUUAAAUCAUCGGAUGGCAUCGGACACGGAUAUCCGCUUGGUCGCCAGCAUCGAGCUUGUCACUCUUCGAGUCCGAGUCGUCGAACAUCUCAAUCCCCUCCACGGCAAAGUCGACACCCAAACAAUCUCUUUUGUCCGUCGCAUCUUCGCCGAUCUGCAAGGGUGGCAACGCGAAUGGCUCGCGGCCCACCGACAACGGUAUGACGAAACGCACGUCCUGGUCAAGCUGCUCGAAGCGGAGAUGGUGCAUGCUCAGCUAUGGACGGUGUGUGUGGCACUGAGGGGUGUUCAGUGGGACAAUCUGGCUGGCGACUCGAGAGAGUUGGCGUUUCAGGCGAAAGAUGCGGCGCAGAGGUGUUUGGAGAUCUAUCUCCGUUCUCAGAACUUCCGGCAGCAUCUGAAGUUCGCGACGCAUGAUCAGCUCGUCUCGGUGGCUUUUGCGGCUAUCUUUCUGCUGAAAAUGGCACUGCUAUACCCCGACUCCGUCUCAAUGCCCACCCUCAUCGCCGAAGUCUCGGAGGUCUCGCACAUGCUCGCCAACGAGUGCUUCGCUGAGCGCUACGCUCUGACCCUCCGCCUCAUGCUCGCCAGUCUCCGCCGCAAGACAGGCGCCAUGUCCACCGUUCCUGGAACACCUCGACUCGCUCCCAGCCAAUCGGGCGACAACCUACCAUACGACCCGAAUGGCUUCGCACUCCUUAAUAGCGGAGCUGGCGGGCUGGACAGUCUACUGACUAUGCCUCGGGAAGCAUCGGGGGAUGGAGCAGACUUUGGCGCGGGAGGGAGCGGGUGGAACUUUGAUCAGGAGCUGGAGAACUUUUCUUGGCCUACCGAGUUCAGUCCGAGUAAUCUGCCAGUAUGGCUCCAGGAUGGCAAUUGUGCGGAUCUAGGUUUGCCGCCAGACGGCUCGGACUCGCUCUUCCUGCCUCCUGAGCUCGCCAACAUGUUCUUGCCUUCCGGAUCCUAUGGCGCAAAUCAGUUUAGCCUCCCGGACUCGGCGGACGUUGGAGCCGAAGCUUGGUGA